UCUGACACAAUAUCGUCGCACUCGCACGGACGAUCGAGAAGAGUCGAUUUAGCGCACUAAAUGGGGUUUCGAUCAAAGUUGCCACCGAACGUUGGGAAACCUUUUGGUGACCUACAAGAUAUCAUAGGACCAUGAUGGGGAACAGAAGCCUGAUACAGCAGCUUAAACACGUACCACGGCAUGCAUGCCUGCAAGCAUUGAGCAAAAAAAAAACCCAUAGCUGGUCUCAUUGCCAUCGGGAACCGCAGAUCAAAAAUGAUGUUAAGCCCUAUCAUUCGAUGCAAGAUGACAGCCUCAUGACAGAUGAGGAACAUAAACACAGGUAUAGGGAGGGAUAUAUCAAUUUGUAGACCCAGUGGGCUGAAAGAAAACGUGGCUGUUGUGAUGUGGAUCAGCUGUAACCAC